UUAUCCUUUAUGAUUUCAAGGACAUCUGACAAUUUCUCAUUUAGUAAACCCCUAAAAAACAAGCAAACAAAAAUAUGAACAUGAUUGAUAUCAUUUGGAUUGCAAUCACCACAUUGUGUUUGUCACAACAGAUUUCUCAAUGUCACACCUAUAGCAAUGUGCCAGCCACUACUCCAGCACACACCAGCGUUCACCAAAUACCAUUUAAUAAGAUAGGACCUUCUAUACAAAGACCUUCCAUCCACAAAGCACCUUUAAAUCAUGGUGGAGCUCCAACUCAACAGGUCAACAUACUAACCACCAGUGUGCCCACAAUGAAAGGUCCCACAGGUAGUUCUGCCGGCACUGCUGUUGUUUUUUCCUUCAUCAAGUUCUACAAGAGCAACACCAGCAAUAAAAAGGUCCCGAGCAACACCGAAUUCAAAGAUAACAGGUUUAAAGGUAAUGUAAGCAACACGGAAACCAUCAGCACAAUGCAGGCAGCACUGUUAACCAGGAUAACUCCAAAUAGCACAUCAGCAGUGAUGGCAUAUACCAAAGACAACAGGGAAUUGCCAGUGAUAGAGGCCACAACAGGCACAACACCACUUUAUACUAUGAUAGAUGGAACCAGAUAUCAAAAGACACAAUGGACACCAAUAAUGGAUGCCACGACUGGCAGAACACCAGCAACAGCUAAAGAUGGCACCAGAGACAAUGAGACAUCCCAAAUGAUCGGUAGCGCCACUGAAAAUGAAACAUCAGCAGUUAUAGUUGACACCAUCAGCAAAACUCCAGUAUCUAGUAUAGAUGGCACCACAGGCAACAUGACAGCAUCAGUAAUGGGCAACAGGACACCACCCAUGAUAGACGGUACCAUGAACAACAGGACACCAUCAAUGAUAGAUGACAACAUGAAGAACAGGACACCAGCCGUGAUAGAUGACACCAUGAACAACAGGACACCACCCAUGAUAGAUGACACCAUGAACAACAGGACACCACUCGUGAUAGAUGACACCAUGAACAACAGGACACCACUCGUGAUUGAUGGUACCAUGAUCAACAGGACACCACCCAUGAUAGAUGACACCGUGAACAACAGGACACCACUCGUGAUUGAUGGUACCAUGAACAACAGGACACCACCCAUGAUAGAUGGUACCAUGAACAACAGAACACCACCCAUGAUAGAUGACACCAUGACUUACAGGACACCACCAAUGACAGAUGACACCAUGAACAACAGGACACCACCUAUGAUAGAUGGCACCAUGGACAACAGGACGCCACCCAUGAUAGAUGCCACCAUGAACAACAGGACGCCACCCAAGAUAGAUGGAACCAUGAACAACAGGACACCACCCAUGAUGGAUGGCACCACAAAUGGUGUUUCAAACAACAAGUCAUCACCACAGAUAAAUGGCACCGCAACCAACAGGAAAACACCCAUGACAGAUAGAAAAACAGACCAGACAAAAUCAAAAAUAAAUGGGAUUAAAGACAAGAACUUAUCAUCAGGGAGAGCUACUCAGGUGUUGUCAGUUGACCAUGAAGUAAGAAGUCCGACCACUCCCCCCUCUCCAGUGGGACUGAUUGCUGAAUCAAGUAUGAAGUACAUAAUACCUACAGUGGGAGUGGCUUUGACAGUGUCAGCUCUCGUUGCCAUUUUGUUUGUGUAUAUACGAAGAAGAAACCACGUUCGUAAAAGUCUGCCAAAUGACGCAGUAAUGUAUGGCGCAUUACUGGUGCACGUCAUAUCAUUUCCCGGGAAAUAUGAAACGGUGCACUAUGAUACGUCUUCAGGUUAG